UGGAGCACAUCUUGGACACUGGCGCAAAAAUUCAACGAUUUGUGACGAUUUCCUUCAAGCCAUAAUCGAUGCCAAUAAGAUUAUGUUGUCCUAAACUCUAUUAUAUUUCGGGCUCCGGACAUAUCAUGUCAAAGGACCGUAAACAAAUUAGGCAAGUAAUAUAAUAACAUGAUCGAUUGAUGGUAACGAGAAAUUUAAGACGAAGGCACACUUAAAAAAAUUGCUGAUAAUCGUAAUUGCUUUAAGGACUUAAGGCGCAGUGUUUUAAUACCGCUUCCGUUUUAUCAAAUGAGGAUGUUUAUGCAACAAGGAACCAAACGUCAUCACACUCAGCAAAUAUCCUGGAUGCACUAUGGAAGCUGGUUAAAGACCUUUUAUCUGUAGCAAAUGAUCAAGCAUCGACAUUAGCCAGUAGUAGAAUGAUACGCACAAGCGUCGAGUCAUGAGCAAACACGGGUACGUCAGAGCGCGGGACGGGUGAUAAUGCAAUUACAAGUAGUAAUCUGUCGGCGCGUUCGUGCCGGUGGGAGUCACUCGGGCGCGCUCCGGCACUCAGCAGACAUGCGCGGAAGCACCGCCGGCCUCGCCGACACGCUCGCCAGCGGCAGCCGCGCGCACGCCGCGCUGCUGGCCUGCGCCGACGCGCUCUUCGCCAGCCUCGUGGUGGCGCCGGCCGUCGUCACCUACUGGAAGUCCACCUGGACGCUCAUGGACCUGUACGUGCUGCCCGAGGAGCCCGUGGGCAGCGCGGCCGCGUGUGCCGCCUUCGGACUGUGCUGUGACUUGUUGUUUUCCGUGUUCCAAACGCAACUGAGCAAGCGGCUGCGGCCGGAGCGGGGCCGGCUGACGUACUACGUGGUGUCGCGGCUGUGCACGGGCGUGGCCGGCGUGGCCUGCGUGGGCGCCUGGCGCGGGGUCUGGAACCUGCUGAACGAGUGCACGGGCUCGAGUGCCAGGACUCUGAUCUCGACGACAGCGGCGGCGGCGUUGUCGCUGGCGGCGCUGCGGGCGCUGCGGAACAUCUGCGCCGCACCAUUCGCCAUCGCCGUAGACUCGCCGCAAGACUAUUUCGAUGUUCCCACCAUGUUCCGUACGAACAGCCGAGAGACGAUGCUGUACAUCUUGGACUGCAUAUUCUCCGUGACGGUGGUGGGGUCGCUCGUGGUCUUCGUGUGGAGAGGAUCCUGGGCCCUGCUGGAUAUCUUCCUCUAUCCUGACGAUAAGAGCAAAUCGUGUUGGACUUCAUUGAUAGUAGGCUACGCAGUAGUCAUAGUGACCUUCGCACUGCAAGCCCCAGUGCGCUGGUCUGCGGCCAGGCUCCACGGGGCGCCGCGGCUGCUGCUGGCUGAUGUCUACCACCUGGUCUCCUUCGUCGCCACUGUCAACGUGUGGCGGGGUGUAUGGGGGCUGCUGGAUAUUUACUUCUUUCCGGAAACACCAAAACUCAGCAACUGGUGUUCUCACAUCGUCAGCUUAACACUCCUCAUACUCCUCAACUGCUCCAACUCAGUCAUCGUACGAGGAGUUUACAUUGAUGCAGAGGAACCGGCGGGAGAAUGCGUCGUCUUCCCCUGCCACUAUCUAAGGCUCUUCUUCCAUAAAGAACGAACCAAGAAGAGACACAGAAGGGCCUUACAAGCUGCAGCUGCUGCAGCUGCUGGCAGGAAACCAGAAGACGCCAGCCUUCCUCUACAAAUGCCAGAAGAGAAAGUUUAGCAUAUUUUAAGUGAAGGAAUGUUCCAGAAUAAGUUUGAAGUUGGAACUUUUGUUGUACGAUUAGAAUUACCCAGUGAAGCAGUGUUAGUUUCUGAAGUGAUUGAAGAUUAAUGUGAACGAUUUGGUAGGAAUUUAAUGGUACAAAUUGAAAUUAAUUAUUAACCUUUUGUGGACAUAGUGUGAGAACUUUAUCACGAUAUUUCUAACUGAUCUAAUCUUUAUCUCACACAAUAUCGCAUUUGCAAAUGUUUGUCUUACAAGUUUUCAGCUUUCGAAUAAUUAUUGUUUUUUUUUCUUUCAAAACAGUUGUUUUAAAGAUUUUAUGGAACAAAUGAUGCCUUAUUAGUAAACGUAUAUAGAAAAAGUAAGUUCGAAAUUAAAAUCGAGAAUAAGUAGAUUUAGAAAAAAAAUGUGUAUAGCGCUAUCGUGUUGAUCGAAGAAAUUAUGUGCUUUAUAAAUAUUGUACAAAUUAUGUUGUUAUAUUUUGUUAAAAUAAUGCAAUUUUUGAAUCGAUGUCUACAAUAAGCUUUACAUUAGUGUGCACUCUUAAUAUUGAAGGUGGUAUCUUAUAUCUUUAAAUUGUAAAGAUCUGUGUGCACAUACUCUUAAACAAAACUACCUCUAUCUUCAUCAUGAUUUAAGACUCUCCUAACAUCUUGUACUAUUUUAUCCAUUUCCUCGUUUUCAAAAUAUAUGAUCACUUUCAGUUUUAAUUUCAUGUAUGACCAAACUUUAAUUAUAUUUUUCCGAUAUAUGUUGUAAAUCUGAACACCCUUUACCCUUACCCUUACCCUUAGCUUAAAUUAUAUUAAGUAUUCGUUCUAAGUCAAGCUAUUAAAGUCUUUACUAGUUUGUAGAAGCAAAUAUGUAAAUAUGGUACAAUAAUGUUGUAAGCACUAAGUUAUUAUAAGUUCUGUUGAGAUACAUAAUAAACGUAUUGCUAUUA